GCUGGCUGGGUAACGAUGAUCGCUGAUGAUCGCCGCAAGAAGGACCCUGAGGUCUUCCAGACUGUGAGCGAGGAACUCAAGAAACUCUACAAGACCGAGCUGCUGCCUCUGGAAGAGUAUUACCGCUUCCACGAGUUUCACUCACCGGCCCUGGAGGAUGCCGAUUUCGACAACAAGCCCAUGGUCCUGUUGGUGGGCCAAUACUCUACCGGAAAGACCACCUUCAUCAGGUACCUGCUGGAACAGGAUUUUCCUGGCAUGAGGAUUGGACCUGAGCCAACCACUGAUUCCUUCAUAGCAGUGAUACAGGGAGAUGUGGAGGGGAUCAUCCCUGGGAACGCCCUGGUGGUGGAUCCGAAGAAACCCUUCAGAAAGCUUAACGCCUUCGGCAAUGCCUUCCUGAAUAGGUUUGUGUGUGCCCAGCUGCCCAACGCUGUUCUAGAAAGUAUCAGUGUCAUCGACACACGGGGGAUCCUCUCUGGCGAGAAGCAGGGGAUCAGCCGAGGGUAUGAUUUUGCUGCUCUCCUCAAAUGGUUUGCUGAGCGGAUGGACCGAAUCAUCCUGCUCUUUGACGCCCACAAGCUGGACAUCUCUGAUGAGUUCUCAGAAGUCAUCAAGGCUCUCAAGAACCAUGAGGACAAGAUGCGAGUAGUGUUGAACAAGGCUGGCCAGAUGGAGACCCAGCAGCUGACGCGGGUAUAUGGGGCCCUCAUGUGGUCCCUGGGGAAGAUCGUGAACACACCAGAGGAGGACACAUCAUGGGUUCACUGCACAGCCAGUUUGAGGCCGGACUUGACUAGGUGAAACUCUGCCUCAACAAAACUUAAAAAUCAAGGGU